CGCUCCGCAGCUCAGACCCUGAGAGGCAGAGAAGAGACAGGAGCUGAGCUCACUGACAGACACACAACAGGAGAGGGCAGAGAGACAGGAGCUGCCGGGCUCAGUUACACACACGUAACUUCAAACCAGACAACAGCAGACAAACAAAGACAAAGGACCAGGAGCAGUGGCUGGAUUCGGACUCUUUUGCUGCAUGACUCACAUGGAUUGUUGUGGACAUUUUUUAAGAAGUACCUUUAAUCCCUCUUUUUAUUGAUUCGCAUAGAAACCGUUUGUUCAGAGCUUCUCAGCCCUGAUCCACAUCCUGCCGCGAGGCGGUCCGGGACACGUCUGUGGACUAGCUUUUAGGAGCGCAUGUGAACGAGGCGGUUCUUAUAGUGUUUGCUUGGAUGUUAAAGUUUAGCUGCAUAGCAACUGUUUAAAGCGUGUGUGUGUGUGUGUGUGUGUGUGUGUGUGUGUGUGUGUGUGAGCGAGAGAGAGAGAGAAGAGCAAGGAGCUCAGGAGUGGAGGACGUACGAGGUUCUGGUUCGGAGGUGAUCUGAGUUAUGGAUGUUGACGCAUUCCUGCGGUGGUUCUGAGGACUAACCACCACCAGGGAAUAACAGUGGACUCGGCCACAACACUGCGGCUCCACCACCACCACCAGCGGCUCGAUCCCUCACCCUGACUAUUACGUUAACGCCAUCUGCUACCAGGACUCCGCGACCGCAGACCCCGCAGCCUUGUCAGUCCUCGGCCCAGCUGUUCCACAGGUCGUCGCACCACAGUCCCAGCGAGGUUGUGGGUCCCCACAGAGAGGAGGUGUGACUGGUCAGCGGGGGGAGUCUCUCCCACUCUCGUUCCCUCUCGCUGCACCCAGCUCAGCAUGCACCAGUCCCUGAGCACCUCAGCAGCUCUCCCAGCUCCACUGCCAUGUGUAGAUGGACAGUGACACAAGGUGCACGCGUCGCCUGCUUCUCCUCCUGCCGCUGCCGCGCGCCUCCCUCGCGCCUCCUCCUCCUCCUCUCCCUGAUCUUCGUCCUCCUGCUCGGACGCUCGUCCUCGGCGCCCCCGCACGCGCCGCCGGCGCCGGACUCCGGGAGGCAGCGCGAUGAGCCGGGGGGGAGCCCUCCGCACGCCGCCGGCGCCACCGCGGCCCCCGCGUCCUCGCCGCGGUUGCCCCGGGCGACCAACGUCUCAUCGGCCUCGGCGACGGCCGUGGGGCGCCACGUGCGGAGCAGCUACAACCAUCUGCAGGGAGACGUGCGCCGGAGGAAACUCUUCUCCUACCAGAAGUUCUUCCUCCGCAUCGACAAGAAGGGGAAAGUUAACGGCACCAAAAGCGAGGACGAUCCGUACAGUAUUCUGGAGAUCAAGUCCGUUGAUGUGGGGGUGGUGGCCAUCAGGGGCCUCAGCAGUAACUACUACCUGGCCAUCAACAAGAAGGGCGAGCUGUAUGGAGCGAGGGACUUCGGCCCAGACUGCCGCCUGAUCGAACGCAUCGAGGAGAACAAGUACAACACCUACGCGUCGGCAGAGUGGCGGAACAAGAAGAAGCACAUGUUUGUGGGACUGAACGCCAACGGGAAACCAAUGAGGGGGAAAAAGACGCGGAGGAAAAACACAGCCACUCACUUCCUCCCCAUCGUGGUGCAACCGCGGUGAUGGGACGGGCCGGCCGGCGAAUAUACUGGACAGAUCUGACUGGGAUCUGAAUAAUGCACUGAGGAAAUGAAUGGAAACAGACAUUUGUCUCUGUUGGAUGAAGACAUUUCUAUUUUUAAAGAAAGAAAUAAGAUAUAUUGAUAUACAAUGUAUAUAUUAUUCACUGUUUUUAAAUUAUAAAGUAUAUUGGCACAGUAGGAAAUAUGAAAAGAAUCCUUUGUGCCAAAAGCGUAUUUAGUGACACAAGAUUUGUGUUGUUCGCUUGGAGAAAUGAAGGCGGAAAAUUAUAAUGGGAAGAAGAGCACGUCCUGUUGGAGAGAUGAACGGAGGCAGGAAGGAAUAAGAAGGCACAGUCGAGAGGAUUUCACGGAGGCAGUAGCAAGUCUUUCACUAUCAUGUUUUUUCUUUAAAUUUAUUUAUUUUUGUGUAAUAUUUAACAAAAAAAAAGAUCAAAACACAAAAAGGACAAGUUCUUGUCUUUUUUGCCAUUUAUGCUUCUGUUUUUGAAUACUAAUCAUUUAAGCCUGAAUAAACACAAAACUAUAUUUGUC